AUGGAAGAAGAACAUCUUGUACGAUUUUAUGCCGACGAAGAUUCAAAUUUUGAUGAUGAUAACAGUUCUGAUGAUAAUUCAAGUGUUGAAGUUACUUCAAGCAUUGAUGAAUGUGAAAAUGAAUUAGUACGUUUAUCAACAUAUCUUCAAUUAGAAUCCGAUUGUGAAAAUGAUGAUGAUCAAGCUUUUGAAUGGCCUGAGCCACCUCCAUCCUUAAUUUCUCCAGACUCAUCUGAUAUCGAAGAAUUAUGUGAUUCACAACAAGUGAUAUUGUCCGCAACGUCACUUCAUAACGAUAAUAUUCGAGAAAAAUAUAGCUGUUUGAAUAACGGCUGUACAUAUCCUUAA